AUGCUAAUUAGGAGAAAAGUAGAAAUCGGAGAAGGAGAAGCUAUCAAAGACUCAUUUUGCUAUGUUGAUAAGGAAUUCAACAAUUUCUCAGUCGAUGAUGCUGAUGAAUACGAGACUUCAUUUGUAAAUGAAUACAAAAAAGGAGGAGUUAUUGCUGUGGUAAUUGCUGGGGAGGAUGAAUUUGAUAUUCCUACCAUUGAAGAGAAUGAUCCAGAAUUUCUAAGUUUAAUUGAUGAAUACAAUACCACGAGAUAGGAGACAAAAUAAUAAAAUCUCAAAUAAGCCAGUAUCAAUGAAAUGUAAAAUCUGGUUACUAUUGAUGAAGAUAAGGAUGAUAAUCUUUCUCAAUCAUAGGAAUCAGUUGCAAAUGAGGAGAAUGGAUAAAAUUCCUCAAACCACCAUGAAUAUUAGAGAAACUCUAAUAAUGAUCAUAAUGUAUAUGAAAUUGGUCAAAACCUUUUUAUCAGUUCAAAUGAUUAUUCUUUAGGCUAUGGUGAUGGUCACUUAGACCCUUAUCAAAACUAAGCUCCUACUUCACCAAUGAAUCUAGCAAUUGAAGAGUAGAAGAACGAAAAUUCUACUAGCUUGAGUAUGCAACACUUGGUUUAAUAGCCUAAUCUUGGUCUUAACAUAGAUGGCUCUCUAAUGUAAAGAGGAGUUAAUGCUUCUUAAGAUAAAGUUGAAAAUAGUUCUUAAGCUAUUUCAAGCUAAGUUCCAGGCUAUGGAUAAAGCAAUUCUAAUCUAUCAAAAUUUACUUCAUUGUUCUAGGAUGAGGGUGGAUAAAUUAAUCUCUAAGAUGAUAAGUUUGAAGUAAAAUCUGACAUUGAUUAAGAAGAAGUAAAAAAAAUGGAUUCUGAUGGCAUCUACUAAAAUCCCCAAAAUACUAUCAUAGGAAAUAACCAACUUGCUUAGGAGGAAAUCAUUGAUCCUUAUUCUUUUGAAGCUAAUGUGAAAAUGAAUAAUUAAUCCCCAGCUCAAACUCAAGUGGUAAUAGUUAAAAAGCAAGGCGGAUAACAAAAGACAUAUUUCAGUCCUCCUCCAAUACUUGAUUAUCCUGAAGAAAUGAAAGAAGAUUCAUAUCAACAAAGUCCUCCUUAAGAAAAUGAAAGUUAUCAUUCGCCUAAAGACAGUUAAUAGAAUUCUAAUUCUAAAAGUAUAUCAAAAAAAGGACCAAAGAGUUCUCAUGAGUUGGAACAUGCAGACUGUAUUGCUGAGAAUUCAAAGAUCGUUACAGAUUGCUUAUCUCUUAUUGUCUAGAAAAAUAAGAAUCUUGACUUUGAUGUCAGAAAAAUAUCAGAUGAAGACUUGAAAUAAACAAUAAAAAGAACGAAUUCUAUCGCGCUUGGAGAUAAUAAUCAUCUAAUUGAUUUUGAUCAAUUUGAGUAGAAUGGAAGAGGAUAUAUGACGAUGAAAUAUCAAAGACUUCCCUGCUUACUUUGUAAAAGAUAUAACAAGAAUCUUCAGAAUUUAGAUUAAAUAGAUUGGGAAAAUGAAGAUCCUUCAAAAGCCUGCAUAUGCGAUAAUGGUAUUAUGACUGAACAGUAGUAAUAUAAAAUCUAAAUGAAUCAUCAAGCAUAGCUUGAGCAAAUUGUCGACAAUGCAGUAUAGAACAAUAAUGAACUAAUCUUUAUUGCACAAAUUGGAGAGAAUUCAAAGUUGGAAUACAGAGUGGAAAAGAAGGGCAUUCAAUAGGUUCAGGUAAAUAUUGAGAAUGAGGAUGAAGACUUCAUUUAACACAACCUCAUGAAUGGUAGUCGUAGUUAAUCUAAUAGCAUAGACUAUGGGCCUAAUGUAAUGCCUUUCAAUGAUGUUAAUUGUUCAUAAUAAACUGAAAUAUAUCGUGUUGGAUCAUUUUAAACUCAAAGCAUAACUUCAAUCAGAAGACUAAGUAGUCAUACUAAUCCUCUUAAUUCGAUUCAAAGUUUGAAUUCUUUCAAGAAAAAGCAAUAGCAUGUGCAUGAGGGCUUUUGUUGCAUGCACUGUACCGAAAAGAUAUAUGGAGUGAGAUAUGAAUGCUCUGAAUGCUUAAAUCAAUCCAUUUGUGAGUAAUGCGAAGAUAAUAAUAGCCAUCCUGAAAAACAUGUUUUAUUAAAGUUUAAGUUCCCAUUACUACCAGUACAUUAAAGCUCUGUUAUUCCUGAAGAAGAACAUUCAAGGCUAGAGGAGGAGAAAAAUAAAAGCCAUGACGAAGAAGAUAACGAAGAAUAAUGCGUUUUUGAUCACUACAAUUUCUAAGUUCAUUCUGAAUAUUAAAAUAAUACUGAAAAAACAGCUUAGUAAAUAAUCUUUUAAAAUAUUGCAGAAUCAAAAGAGGAGCACUCAAAUCAAACUUCUUCUCCAUAGUAAAACAAUAAUUAAGCAAGUGGUGUUUAAUAAAUUGCUGACAUGAAUGAGAUGAUUGAAGAUGAUUAUAUAGAAGAGAUGGAAUUAGACAUCCCACUUAGCAAAGGCAACUCAGCAAAUUUUAAGUUUGAUACUAAUUUUUCAGGAAAAUCAAAUAAAUCUCAAAAUAGAUAACGAUAUACACCAUAAAAUGCAGAUGUUGAUCAUGAAGCAUAUAAUCAAGAAGAAUCUGAUGAAGGAUAACAGCAGUCACUUCAUUAAAUACUAUAGAUUAGUGAUUUUUCACUUAAUCCUUAACAAAUUCACUAGGACACAAUACCAAAUAUCAAAGCUAUAAUAGAUUAAAACAUAGGUGAAGAGAUUGUAGAAGAUGAAAAGUGGCAAGAGAUUAGCUAGCCAGACUAAAUAGAGGACUAAUACAGUGAACAAACAGAUGAUUCAUCAUAUUAUGAUGAUUUGAUUGGGAUCAUUGAAAACCAUGAAUAAAAAUCUAAGGAAUUGUUGGAAAAAUAUAGGUUAAAUAUUCCUGCUGAUAGUAAUUCUUUCUUUGAUGUUUUUUAAGAAACUGAUGCAGAAAUUGCCUAAGAAGAUGCUGAUUCUAAGGAGAAGUUCAAUCUACUAGUGAGUUAAGAACAAGAUAGGGAAAUGGCAGAUAAGUUAGUAGCUUUAAGCAAAUUUACAGGAUAAUACAAUCACAAUCUUUUCAAAGAGUUAUUGAUAGCUACAAACGGGAAUUUAGAAGAUAUUGCAGAAAACUACCUUUGA